AUGGACCUCUACAAUACCUGUGAAGGGAACUGGGAACAACUUGCUACCAAAACUGGAGUCGGCAUUCUGUUGUUAGACAAGUUCCUAGACUAUGCUGCUAGAUUUUUAUCCAAUAUCGGCAAUUACUUCGGAUCCGGUGACCAGAAAUUCACACCUGAUAUAUCUGGAGAAGCCCUUAAUUCUCUAGCAUCAGUAUCUUCAUCGUCGAGUAAGAUACUUGAGCAGAUCAAGCCUGACGACAUCGCCUACAACAUGUAUCUUCAGCUGGGUGUUGAUGGGCUUCGAGGCCUUGAAAAUUACGAUCCUACGACCAAGAUAUGGGGACAAGCACAUAGUCGAGCACACUAUGCCAUCUUUCAACACCUCCUUCGCGACAGUGGCGGCCUCUAUACAGUUACAAAGGAUGUGGAGAUGAAUAGCUUGACGGUCAAAGUUGACCAAUCGCGCGUAAUCUCUCGUGGCAAAUCAUCACUGGGUCGCAUGCUCCUAAAACUUUUUAUCUAUCGUUGCACUGCUGACGUCUCCAACUGCCGCCGCUUCUAUGAGAAUCUAUCAAUUGUUGACGGUGAAGCUCUGAAAUGGAGAGAUAUUCUUGUCUCCAAAAAAGACCCUCCUUUGGUGUUUAGCCAAGCAAACACCUACCUCGUCGGUGAUGACGUGAAGAUAAAGGAGUAUGAACCCACAGCUCAGGGAGUUGUGCAAAGCUGGGCUGAAAGAAGCAUCGAAUAG